AUGUAUUUCUGUGUUUUCUCACUUUAUGCUUUUCGUGCUACUCAUCCUUUAAUACACCUUGCUGCUCUAGCAUACCGGGGACAGGGGCUUUCCAAUAUACUGAAGAAGGUGUCUGACGAACAGGCAGCGAUACUGGGCAAAGAUGAAUACAUCGUAUGCUCGGUUGUUAACACAACUAAAAUUCCUUUCAAGGCUGAGAAUAUGAUGAAUAGAGAUCGUGCGUAUGUCACGGCUAGGCAGCAAACUGUAAGUUUGUACAAAUCGGAACCUCAGAGUUUCUUCACGGCACUUGAGCGGGCUACAGCUGACCGACCUAUGGACCGGUACCGACAUGUGGAUGCACAUGCAUUACAUGCUCUGCUCACCAAUACGCCUGACGAUGUCCCAGCAUCACAAGUAACGGGGAGGCAUCUGCUUAUGCUCGAUUGGAUCCCGUACCAAAUGUGCCUCGAGUCAUUGCUGUACCUCGAAAAUUUAGGAGAAAACGUCAAGUUUAUAGCGGAAAUCCGGCCGGAUGGUGGCGUGGAUGGAGGGGAAUACUUGGCAUCCUACUCGGCGGCUAUAACAAAACCCGUAGUUGGUACGCGAUACGUCACUAUGUCCACCGAUUUCACACAAUCAGGCCGUGCUCUGUCUAGCGAGCAAUUCCUUGACCUAUUCACAUCAUACGCGUUGAUGCACAAGCCCAGUGCGCUCGCAGACAAACAGUGGGUCUACUGCUACGAUUACCGGGGGGAUAGUACACUACCGGAUGCUGAGAAGAAUGGAAGCGCACUACAACAGUGGCUGGCGGCUAAUGUGGAAGACGAAUCCGUGCCAUGUUUCUUACGAAGAAUUACGAUGACAAGUUUAGAGCGGCCGUGUACUAUUAUGACUUAGUAGAAGCAAUUACAUCCGAAGUUUUCUGCUGUUCGGAAGCUCUAGUGCGGACGCGACGUCGAUGGUAAUUGUUGAAUACACACAAAGUUUAACACAUAGAUUGGUCCUUUAAAGACGUUCGAUGUAUCGCAUUCGGAUGCUCUAAUAGGAACACAAAGUCGUGAGGAUAGCUUGUUGAAUUAAAACGAAGCUAUAUCGCACAGAUUGGUCCUUUAAAC